AUGAGUCAACAGGGUUAUGUUGCUGCACCCCCGUACUCCCAGGCCCAGCCGGGGAUGGGGGGCUACCAAGGUGGAUUUGGAGCUGGUCCUGCACAGCCCCUCUACGGGCACUAUGGGGGACCACCUCAGGCAUUCAACGCUCCGCCAGCAGGUAUGAUGAAGUCAUCAGUUUCCUCUGCUGCUGGCAUGCCGCCACCUCCAGUGUCCAGUCAGUACAAUCCAAACGUCCAGCAGAAUGGCGCACACCCACAAAGAUACCCUGCUCCACCAGCUGCUAAUGCUGCUUAUGGACAACCUCUACAGACCCCAUACAACAGUAUGGCCUCUCAGGCACCACCUCCAACCCAGCAGCUCACCAAUCAGAUGAGUGCUAUGAACUUAGGCAACUAUGCCCCAGGUCCCAUGCAGAGCCCUCCUCCUCCAAUAAGCUCUGUAGCCCAGCAGCCUUUCCAAACAUCUCCUCCUCCAGCAAUGGGCCAGCCUCAGAUGCCCCCAGGCCCACAGUCCCCCCACAUGUCUCCACCACAGUCACCCCAAGCAAACAUGCAUAUGGCAGGCCCGCUGAUGGCAGGCCCUCCGAUGGCAGGACAGUCAAUGCCAGGCCCUCCGAUGGCAGGACAGUCAAUGCCAGGCCCUCCGAUGGCAGGACAGUCAAUGCCAGGCCCUCCGAUGGCAGGACAGUCAAUGGCAGGCCCUCCGAUGGCAGGCAUGGGUAGACCCUUCUCCGGGCCACCUCCUCCAGGCCCUGGAGGUUUCCAGCAGCCUGGUCCCACCGGAGCUGGUGGCCCACCAGGAUACCCACAGCAAGCAGGCCAGUUUGGAGGACAGAUGGCUGGGCCCCAGCUAGGCAUGCCAGGAGCCUUCCCUGGAGCAGCAGCGGGACUGGCAGGACCACCUCAGAAGAAACUGGACCCUGACUCUAUCCCCAGCACGACCCAAGUGAUUGAAGAUGAUCAAGCGAAACGAGGGGGGCAGGUCUUCAGCACAAACAUGAGAGGACAGGCUCCACCUCUGGUCACCACUGACUUCACUGUAGAGGACCAAGGCAAUGCCAGUCCCAGGUUCAUGCGCUGCACCACCUACGCCCUGCCUUGCACUGCCGAUCUGGCCAAACAGUGCCAAGUGCCCUUGGCUACCAUCAUUAAACCCUUUGCCAACUUGCCAAAUAAUGAGACUCCUCUGUAUGUUGUGAACCAUGGCGAGACGGGUCCAAUCCGCUGCAACCGAUGCAAGGCCUACAUGUGUCCCUACAUGCAGUUUAUCGAGGGAGGUCGCCGCUUCCAGUGUGGCUUCUGCAGCUGUGUCAAUGAAGUGCCAGUCUUCUAUUUCCAACAUCUCGACCACAUGGGCCGGAGGGUGGACUUCUACGAGAGGCCUGAGCUGUCUCGGGGUUCCUACGAGUUUGUAGCCACCAUGGACUACUGCAAGAACAACAAGCCUCCGAACCCUCCCGCCUACAUCUUUAUGAUCGACGUGUCCUACAGCAACAUCAAAAGUGGGCUGGUCAAACUGAUCUGCGAUGAGCUGAAGACUCUGCUGGAGGAUCUGCCCAGGGAGGACGGCAUGGAGAGCUCUGCAAUUAAGGUCGGCUUCGUCACCUACAACAAGGUCCUCCACUUCUACAACGUGAAAAGCGCUCUGGCCCAGCCCCAGAUGAUGGUGGUUUCAGACACAGCUGAGAUGUUUGUCCCGCUGCUCGACGGCUUCCUCGUCAACUACCAAGAAUCUAAGGCCGUUAUCUACAAUCUCCUGGACCAGAUCCCUGACAUGUUUGCUGACACCAACGAGAGCGAAACAGUCUUUGCUCCAGUCAUUCAAGCCGGCGUGGAGGCAUUCAAGGCAGCAGAAUGUAGCGGAAAGCUUUUCAUCUUCCACUCCUCCAUGCCCACAGCUGAGGCUCCUGGCAAACUGAAGAACAGGGAUGAUAAAAAGCUGGUCAACACUGACAAAGAGAAGACCCUGUUCCAGCCUCAGAAAGGAGUGUAUGAGCAGCUGUCUAAGGACUGUGUAGCACAGGGCUGCUGUGUGGAUCUCUUCCUCUUCCCCAGUCAAUACGUAGACUUGGCAACCAUGGCUGAUGUGCCGUCGCACACCGGCGGCUCUGUCUACAAGUACAACAACUUCCAGCUGGAGACAGAUGGAGAGCAUUUCCUGAGAGACCUGAGGAAAGACGUAGAGAAGAGCAUCGGAUUUGAUGCCGUCAUGCGUGUCCGUACCAGCACAGGCUUCAGGGCCACAGACUUCUUUGGUGCCAUCCAUAUGAACAACACCACAGAUGUAGAGAUGGCAGCUGUGGACUGCGACAAAGCUGUGACCGUGGAGCUGAAGCAUGACGACACGCUCAGCGAGGAGACCGGGGCGCUCAUGCAGUGUGCCUUGCUGUACACCACCAUCAGUGGACAGCGACGUCUCCGCAUCCACAACCUCAGUCUUACCUGCAGCUCGCAGCUGUCGGAGCUGUACAAGAGCUGCGAGACCGACUCACUCAUCAACUUCUUUGUCAAAUCAGCUUAUCGUGCCAUAUUGAACCAGCCUCUGAAGAAUGUCAGAGAGAUCCUGGUCAACCAGACAGCCCACAUGCUGGCAUGCUACAGGAAGAACUGUGCCAGCCCCUCCGCUGCCAGCCAGCUGAUCCUGCCUGAUGCCAUGAAGGUGUUCCCAGUCUACAUGAACAGCCUGAUGAAAACUGCUCCGUUGGUUGGCAGCACAGAGCUCUCAACGGACGACAGAGCCCAUCAAAGGCUGUCGGUCAUGGGUAUGGGGGUGGAGGACACACAGCUGCUGCUCUACCCACGACUCCUCCCGCUGCACAACUUAGACGUUGGCAGUGAGGCUCUGCCUGCUCCACUGCGCUGUUCAGAGGAGCGUCUGAUCGACUCUGGAAUAUUCCUGCUGGAGAACGGCCACUCCAUGUUCCUGUGGCUGGGACAAGCGAGCGCGCCGGACCUCAUCCAGAACCUGUUUAACCUGCCCUCGCUCGCCCACAUGCAAGGACACAUGUGUGCACUGCCAGAACUGGACAAUCCAUUGUCAAAGAGGAUCCGAUCCAUCAUCAGCAGCCUGCUCGAAAAGAGGCCGAACUCUAUGAAGCUCCAGAUCGUGAGGCAGAAGGACAAACCAGAGAUAGUGUUCCGUCAGUUCCUGGUGGAGGAUAAAGGCCUGCACGGUGGAGCUUCCUACAUGGACUUCCUUUGCUACGUUCAUCGAGAGAUCAGGCAGCUGCUCACUUAACCCCCAAGCUUGGCCUCGGCGUCCCCGGCCCGACUGUCCUGGGAGAAACAUGGCAUCUGAGGGGCCACGCACACAUCUCACAGGGUCACCCUCACACGGCUCCGUUAGAAUUCUUAAGGACAGUCCACAGAACUUUUUAGCUGUUUUUUCUUAAAACGGAGGAAGAAAUGAGGAACCAGGAGGAGCCUUUUGAGAUUCAACCUUGAGAGUCCGAUGCUGCCUUUCCAACACACUUCAGUUCACAGUAUGAUCUUCAAAUAACCACUUGUCACCUGAGGAACUUCUAAGCAAAAUGAACGACACAUCCAGCAUUUCCCGCACAGAUACUUGUGUGUGAUGGACUGUUGAGACGAGAAUGACGUCAGAGCCUGACGUUGGAACGCAUUUUGGCAUGAAGCCUUUUGGCAAAAGCAAUACAGCAGCUAAUCGAGUAAAGCGUUUUUUUCAUUUCACUUUGUAGAUUUAGUGUCAAGACAAGGGGUUAUUUGUGAGUAAUACUGUAGAGGUUCGCCAGUCUUUGUAAUAAAUGACUUUCUCUUAUUAAGAUAAAUAUGUAAGAGUCUCAGCAAUUUAAAAAAAAAAAUCAUCUUUUUUUUUAAAAAAGCUUAAUAAUUUUUACAGUAUUUAAACAACGCUUAGAAGUUUCUACAUUUUCUCUCACUUUUGCUGUCCAGUGAAAAAUGUACUAAAAAAAACAUUUGAAGAACCAACUGCAAAAAUAAGAGCCGACUGUGUCAGAAGUGAAAAUUAUUCCUGCCAUCACACCACAAGUGAUUCAAAGCAUUUGUUUUGCACAAACCCUCACUGAAAAAAAAAUAUUCACAUUCUUUGACCAUUUAUAGCUGAGAUUUGAUCUUCACAGCGAGCAGUGACGCAGGAAAUGUUUUGUCUCGGCGUUCUGAGAUUACAGUGAAGUGAACACAGCUGUUCAACAAAUACGUCCUCAUGAAAAAUGACUUUCUUCCCCUCCUGUUUCUCCCACGGGCAAGAAUCGGAAUUUAAAGGAAAAAAAAAAAGGAUGAUUAAGGGAGAAUUAAAUUUGAGUGGACCAAAUAUGAAGCUUUUUCUGUAAAUGUAAAAAUGUGACCUGUUCUCGUUGAAAUGAUUCAUUUUCACAAAUCAGACUUGUGCCAAAUGUGUGAGGACAAUUAUAAAAUGAUCUGUCACUAUUGGAUCACCAGAUUUUCUUCAACCCAGAUUCAGUCAUCGUAACUAAAGUCCACAUAACUGUUUGUAAUGAUGAUAUGUAACAUUCCAGUCUUAAGUUUCAGCACAGCUUUGUACUGUAUCACAUUGCUUGUUUUUACUGAGGUAAUUGUUUAUUGUGUAAUUCAUGUGUGCAUCUGUACGAUUUCGUGUGGCCUCCACAAAGUCUUUUUGUACAUGAAAUACACAACAACUCUCUCAAAAUAUUACCAUCUGCCUUAAGUUGAUAUAAUACUUGUUAAAGAAAUAUGUUAAAAUAUAUAUAUAUGUGUACUAGAGGUCUGUGGCUGAUUUCUUUUUGGUUUGUAUGCAAACUUAUCUCAGGUAAUUUGAGUACCUUACUACAGGAAGUGAUUUCAAUUGAACUGGAAGAAUGGACGCUUGUGUUUUGUUUUGUUUUUUUAAAUUUUUCUCGAGAUUUAUGGAAAAUUCAUGGGCGUGGGGUGCCAUGCUUAUUUUAUUCCAAACCCUAAACAAAUUUUGUCUGAAUUAAAAUCUUGACAUAA